UCAAAUAAUUUCUCCAACAAACCAUUUCGGCGUCCUUCCUUGCCUUGAUCUCACAAAAUCGACCCAGUUCCCAAUCCACAAAUCAUCCAGCGUACUCUUGCCAUGUUCAUCACGUACCUCUAUCAACCACACAUCCCCAACAACAAUGCUUUGGCUUGCUGACAGGAUUGCCGUGGGUGAUCAUCAGUAAUACUGUAACGAUAACCAUCUCAGAGAACCCGAAAAAUAUUAAAUGCAUAAAAAACUUGAAGAUGAAAUAAUUAACGCUUGAAUUCAAACGACAACGACAAUCACCAAAUAUACAUUGAAAGAUUCAUCAGGGAGUAGUAGCGAUCUAGAAAAGUGUAGCAUGAAUUUGAUGACGCCUGGGCUCCCGCUACCAUACACGAUGUCGAUGAUGGUUUCGAGGAGAGUACCAACCAGGCGCCUACUCAAUCCCCCACUCAAUCCCAAUAUUCGAUCCUAUUACCUUCGCUCAAGUGAAGAUGACCUCUCAUCCAACCUCAAACCUUCUGCUGACAAACUUCAAAGGGAACUUAUCCUUUCAGUACUUGAAGCUCACCCCUCUGCUCGAGAUUCCAGAUUAUAUCUCAAAUCAUUUGCUCCUACCUCCAAAAAGAUACCCAAAAACUCGCCAGAUUCGAGCUCAAACUCUUCAAGUAAUGAUACCUUCAACCCUGGAUUCCCUACCGGCGAAGCUAUGCCUACCACUGCCACCCUAGCAGCCACGACCUCAUCAUCUACCUUUGUACAACCCAACAAAUCAAACGAGACCAGCAUCCGGCAAACCAAUAAAAAUCAGAAUCGUGAUGUUGCUCAAUUGAUUCUAUCCACACCCAAUCAACAUACCGGCCUCGUCAAGAUUCAAGGCCCGUUUACCGAUCGGCAACUACAGAGUAUCGUGGAUGGAGUGAUCUAUCUCAAAACCUUAGGUCUCAUGUCGAUCAUCGUCUUAGAUGAUGAAGCAUGGCAUUACCCUUCACACACCAGUCUGACUGCCAGCUUACCUCACAAAUCCAAACCACCCGGAAUUCUUCAUACGAUCAACUCGUCCGAAAGCCGCCGCCAGGCUAUCGUACGCGAAACUGGCAGAUUGUCAGCCAUGCUCGAAAGUCGGGGUGGCCAAAGUCGGCCGAUCCAAGAGGGUGUCUUGAGACUGACGGACGAUCGUAAUCAGGAUGGCGAUGGCCUCGAUCUGUACAUCGACAAUUUGGACGUGCUCAAAUCGGCUAUCAAGAAUCAAGAAAUCCCAAUCAUCCCACCCAUCGCCAUCAAUUCAUCUUGUGCAACCAUAUGUGUCUCGGCCGAUGAAGUCGUCAAAUCUCUGGCUAAGGGUCUUGCAGCAGUGGGCAAAAGCCCCAAUAGCCUCAAUCACACCAUCGAUGCGGUUUCCGCAUAUCACGGCCAACCCGCUACCGUCCGAUCACCGACUCAUCAACCAUUCGAUCAGAAGAACAAAGACCGGCUCGAAGAAGAUGAUAAUGAAGAUAACGAGCUAGACCUGACUCCUCUCAGACUGAUGAUCAUAAAUCGAGAGGGUGGGAUCCCCUCUCCAGCUCGCAACGGACAUCCCCAUCUUUCAAUCAACCUCGCCUCAGAAUACGAAUUCAUAAACGAAACUUUCCGUUGGGGUGAUUCCCAUCCAACCUCACUCGCGAAUCUUUCGAUGGCCAAAUCAUGUCUCAAGUAUUUACCUAACGAAAGCAGCGCCAUCAUCGUCUCACAUCGUUCGCCCAAAAGCUUGAUUGCCAAUCUGAUCACCAAUAAACCGGCUCACUCGCCCAGUCUCAAACACUCCAUCCUCCUCAAUCAUGCUCGUGAUAUCGGACUAGCUACACCCACAUUGAUCCGCAAAGGAUUGCCGAUCAAGGUCAUCAGAGGGAUCGAUAAUCUCGACCUCACUAAACUCAAAGACCUUUUGGAGAAAUCGUUCAAGAAAACUUUAGACCAUCAACGCUACUUCGAACGCUUGAAAAACUCGCUGAGAUUUGUGAUCCUUGCGGGCGAUUAUCAGGCCGCGGCGAUCGUGACAAAUGAGUGGGAGGAGAAGCAAGAAUCGAGGGAAGGUUCAGAGUCAGAAGACCGAGAGCCGAUCGUAUAUCUAGACAAAUUUGCGGUCCUGCCAUCCUUACAAGGCGAAGGGAUUGUCGAUUUCUUGUGGGGGGCGUUGAGGGAUGAGUCCUUCGGGCUGGGCAACCUGGAUGCGUUGAAUAAUAAUGGCGGACUGAGCGGGUUGGGCGAGCCGGUGGACCUGGUCUGGCGGUCACGGACGGAUAACCCGGUGAAUCGAUGGUACUUCGAACGCUCGAAUGGGUUCAUCAAGCUCCCUCCUUCGAACCCUCAUCGACUACCCUCCACUUCUACUUCCAGCACCAAACCCGACUUCAGCUUGUUUUGGUGUACCGCCGAUCUUCCUUCCUCGAUUGACAUCAAACAUCAGCACUCCUCAUCGACCACUGCUACUAAUCCUUCCGUUGAUCCUUCUUCUUCUCCCCUCAUCGGCAUCAUCCGGCCCACCAAACUCCAGACUUGGUGUCGGGUCAUCAAUCAAAUUCCUAGCUGUUGGGCAUCUUGAUCUCUCUUCUUUUCUCAUUAUCUUUUUGGUCAAAUGGGACGGUCGCUUUCUCUUUCUCUUUCUAUCUUUCUUGCUGAUUAGUCUUAGUGUCUCUCAUCUUCUAUUGCACACAAAAACAGAAGCAAGAAUACCCUUUAUUAUACACAAAGCAUUACCUUUUGGGAACGACAAUAUGAAAAGAAGCAACUGCUCACUCUAUUUUUAUGUAUUAUAGAUCUCCUCAAUCUUGCGCUUUUCAGAAGAUACCUCUAGGUUUAACUUGGCAUCAUGCAACCUUUUGUAACCACCACUUGCAUACAUUUUCUUUAUUGUGACUUCUUCUCUACGAUCACCGAUUAUCCUUUCGUCAUCAUCACCCACCGAAAUGGACAACAUGUGCAGAUUGCAUGUCUUGUCAAAGCGUGAUUCUUGCAUGACAAAUACUUAUCUGUUUGGUACCCUCUAAACAUGAAUGCACAUACAGACUAUGAUCACCCUGGAUUAAUACCGAAGUGAUUUGUUACAAUCCGGUGUCAUGAGACGCCGGCACGGUUGUUUGAUGCCCGCGGGGUGCAUCCCUCAAAUGACCUUGCUUUGCAGUCGCUGACUCGUCGGAACCUCACUUUUUGUUGUUGGUGAAUAUGCAACAA